GGACAAUCUUCCUUUAAGUUCAUGGGUUCCAGCGUUUGCGCGGCAUUUUGAAUUUGAUCUGGUGCUGCGUGCUGUCGUUACCGUAUCAGAUCUUAGAGACAGAUAUUAUGCAUGUAAAUGGAUGCAUGGGCAGCAAUUUGUCGGAUGUUUUUCCUUCGCUUCCUUUCCAAGAUUCGAAUAACAACUCAGUCACCGGUCCACUUUUGAAUAUCAACGGAACAAACAUGAACAGCAUUGAUACUAUGUCACGUCUCAAAUUUCUUGGUUUGAAUUUAGCGAAUAACAAUCAGAAUGGGAAUGGAAGCACUCUUUUCAAUGAGGAUCGUUCACGUACCAAUUUGAUCAUCAACUACCUUCCUCAGAGCUACGAUCAAAAUGAUCUCCAGCGUCUUUUUGAGCGCGUUGGACCUAUCAGACAGUGCAAGCUCAUUCGAGACAAAAACACGGGUGCAAGUUUGUGUUAUGGGUUCGUGGAUUUUGUGAAUCCUCAACAUGCUGCUUUGGCGAUACAAACUUAUCAUGGUUACGAGACCGAACAGAAACGACUGCGUGUGGCGUACGCUAGUUCGGGCGGUCGUCGUUUCACCCCUGGACAUCGUCUUCAAACAUUUUCCAGUGGAGCUAGUUUUCCAGGCUCGGUGAAUCCGGAAGUCACCAAUGAAAAUAUAAUUGGAUGGGAGAUCAUAGUCACUGGAAUACCUGUGGAGUGGACUGAACCGGAUUUACUCCGUCUCUUUUCUAAUUUCGGGGCCGUAGUGGUUAUUAGAUUAUUAGCUCCUCAAUUUCCUGAUUCUCCACCGGGUCAGAAAUCGCGUCUCAGCCCUGCUUUGAAUGGAGCUUCAAGUGAUAUGAGUUCAGAAUCAGCAGACAGCAAGUUCACUUCAAGUGCAUCGGUCAUUUUCCAGGAAAAAAAUAAUGCUGAGCUCUCUGUUUUGCGCUUAAACGGUUACCAGGCUCCAGAGUGGACAUCGCCACUGAGAUUAAGACUAAUUGGUUCAGUGACAAGAGAAACCUAUGGAUUGUUUUACUUCUCUUCGCGCCAUUCACCAUCAUUUCCACUGAAUCGGACAACUAACGGUAACAGUAACACGGAUCCUCUGGCCGAAUCGGAUAUACUCACAAAUGUGUUAAACAGACGAACACUUAACACACCAGGCUGCAUUGUUCACGGAAAUUCGCAAAAUCAGUUUAUGGCAGAGACUAAAAACCCUGAAGUUUCUCUGAAUGUGGCGGUAGAUUCUAGCGGUUCACUGCAGGUUACAUCAAACCCAUCUUUUGGCGGCCCUCCUCGACCGAUUAUACGAAACAAAGUGAGUGAUCCCAACUUAACAUCAAUCUUCAAUCGCGACGUCCUUUCACAAACCAGUUCGUUGGAUGUCUUGGAUUUUCUUGAAGCUCAUCAUAGUGUGAGUUCGUCAGGCUUAGCAACUGGGAUUGAUCGCUGCUCAUCCAGAGAAUUCUCGAUACUAAAUACACUCAGCUCGCAACGAGCUACAGACAGUGACCAGCCAAAGUUGGAACAUUCUCUCAGAAACAUGGCGAACGCACAGAGUCAUUCUCCAUGGAUGUUUUCACAACAGCGGUCUAUCAUGAACUCACUUUCGGAAACUGGACGUUCUGGUGAAAUAAACCCAAUUACUAUGACAGCUGGAGUUUACAGGCGCUUAUCCGUUAAAAGUCCUUUGAUACCAAGUCCUCAGCUGACGAGUUUUUUAACGCAGCGGGGUUGUCAGAUAAAUAUAUGGCUCAAACUAGAAAACAUCCAACCAACUGGAUCAUUCAAAAUUCGUGGUGUAGAAAAUUUGAUUCGCAAGUGGGCAGCCGCUGGGGUCAGUCAUAUUGUCUGUCCAACUACUGGAAAUGCAGGCAUAGCUGCGUCUUUUGUGGCCCAUACGUACAGAAUUAACUGCACGCUGGUAGUCCCUGAAGCUCUCGAGUCAACUAUUAGACGGCGCCUGUCUUUGGAGGCACACGAAGCCAAGAUCGUCAUUGGCGGUACCAGUUUCCUGGAGGCACAUCACCGGGCUGAACAACUAGUAAACGAUCUACAGUCCGGGCACAAUGACCCCACUGUACGCCUUCUUCAUCCAUAUGAUCACCCUGAAUUGUGGGAAGGAUACGAGACCAUCAUCGACGAGGUUACUCCAGAGAUCGGUCAACCAGAUGCCAUAGUUGUCGCUGUUGGUGGUGGAGGAUUGCUCGCGGGUGUCAUACAAGGUUUGUGGAACCGAGGAUGGUCUUCAACGCAUGUCGUAACUGUGGAGACGGAGGGGGCAGAUUGUUUAAACCGCUCGUUGAAAUCUGGCCAGUUGGCAGUUAUCCCACGAAGCUCGACGAUCGCUACCUCUCUCAGCGCUCCAGUAUUGGCACAACGUGCUUGGAACCUGUCUCAAUGCCAUUCAAUUAGUGCAGUGACCUGCACAGAUGGAGAGGCAGUUGAUGGUGUCAAACGUUUUCUAGAUGAUCAUGGGAUGCUUGUUGAUCCGGCUUGUGGAGCAGCUCUCUCGACCAUAUAUUCGGGUUACCUAUCACGUCUACAGCUGGAAGGCCGGUUGCCACGUCCCUCCAAUGUACUCUUAAUUGUCGGUGGUGGGCGUAAUGUCUCUUUUCGUCAGUUGAUUGACUGGGAAAAUCAAAUGUCCCCAUUCGCUCCGGAACAAAUUGCUGCAUCUGUUUUACCGCCUCUGUCGAGUUCUUAUAUCACUCAUUUAUCACCUCGUUCGACAUGCCAAGAAAUACCUAAAUCUUCAACAAUGACUCAUUACACAUCGGGGGCUGGACAUGAAGAAGCUAGGGUUGGGACUCCGACCCCAAACACCCCUCGGUCUGUAUGUACAAUUUUGAGCAGGACUGCCGUCUCCAGGUCUGAUAACACUGAUCAUCCAGUGUCAGUUUGCAAUAGUGUUGCGGUCGAAAAUGGUUCAGAAUGCGCUAGUUCCUUAAAUCCACACGACUUGAUGAAUUUUUCCAAGCUUCUAGCUUCAUCAGAGGCUGAAGGUGAAGAUGGUGGACUUCGUGAGUAAUAGCUUCAGACCGAUCAACGUUAACCCUGUUUUAUUUUUACUUUUAUAUUUUGACCAUAAACGGUUUUAUAUGUUUUCCUGUUUUCUAGGCUUAGGUUAUCUCGAAUACCAUAUACUUUAUUAUUUUUGACUGUUUUUGUUUGUUUGGAUUUCUGUUCUUUUGAUUAGAAUUUCUAGGCGGUCGCAACUGGCCGCCGACACGCAUUGAUUACUUUCGACUUAUUUGUUUACUAGAUUUUGUAUUUCCUUUCUCAUAUCCAUGACAUAUCAUCCCGCCAUGGUGACAAAAAGUUUAUUAAUGGGGGUAAGGACAUGGUUUCAAGUUUUUAUCCCCGUUCAUGAACAACUUUUUGUCACCAUGGCGGGAUGAUAUGUCAUGGAUAAUUUGCAUUUGUCUAUUUGGGGCAAAUCUGUCAGCAGAUCUGUUUACCUAUACUUGGAUUCUCUUAGUGACUUACUUUUUCCCCUACCUCACUUCAUUCCAUUUAUUUUAACUAUAUCAUCUUUCUCUACAAACUCGGUAUAUUUUGCAUCAGUCCAGCAUCAUUUCAUAUGAAUCAACCAUUCCGUUACUCUAGUUUAUUUUCGCAAAUUAUUUUAGUUGAUUUAUGUUUAACGCCUUACUUUCGGCAAGGUGAACACAGUCGCAUUUGUUUUGUUUUUAUCUAAUGUUACUUUAUUGUACUACAUAAUUAUGUCGCACUUGUGCCUUUCUUUUUAUAGUCAUUGUGUGUUUUUAUUAUUUCUGGAAGCAGCAUUACUUUCUAAUCUGAUAGAAUACCAGAUUUUGGAUUUAUUUACUCUAUUGUUUUUCGUUUAGACUAAUGAAAACUAUUAUGUAUGUUUUGCUUGUUGGUUUUUUUUGUAGUCUUUUUUAUCACCAUUUACUUAAAAUGUGUAUUACUUACGUUGCUUUGCAUUGUUUUUUAAUUUUCAUUGCAUAAAUUUGUGUGUUGCAA